GACAUCAAACGCCAUUUUCCCCGCGUCCUUGACCUCGGCGCCAACACCUGCAACAUCGCCCGCGCCCUCGUACGUGAAAACCCAGAUCCGGACCCGGCGAGGCCUAUCUCGCCGCCCCUGUCGACCCGCAUCACCGAGCUCGUCGCCGCCGACGCCUCGCACGCCCAGCUGUACCGCGACGCUGGUCAGCCCUUCAACGACACCCUCUCCAUCACGCGACACGUGCUGGACGACGAGGAGUCCCUCCCCUUCGAGGCGGGCUCGUUCGACCUGGUCCUGAGCAGUCUCAGUCUUCACUGGGUCAAUGACCUCCCCGGCAUGCUGGCACAAAUCAACAACAUAUUGAGGCCGGACUGUCCCUUCAUGGGCGCCAUGCUGGGUGGGGAUACACUGUUCGAGCUGCGCACCUCGCUGCAGCUCGCCGAACAGGAGCGCAGGGGCGGUAUUUCACCCCGCGUCUCACCCCUUGCUGACGUGCGGGACUGCGGCGGCCUGCUGCAAAAGGCCGGCUUCAAGAUGCUGACCGUCGACGUCGACGACAUCAUCGUUGACUACCCCAAUACCUUUGAGCUGAUGAAGGACCUGCAGCUCAUGGGCGAGAGCAACGCCGUUCUCGGCAGAGAGAUGGGCCCCAUCCCCCGUGACGUCCUGCUUGCCAACGAGGCCAUCUACCGCGAGCUCCACGGCAACCCAGACGGCACCAUCCCGGCCACCUUUCGCAUCAUCUACAUGAUCGGUUGGCACGACUCUCCAGACCAGCCCACGCCUCUGGCACGCGGCAGCGGCGAGAUCAACCUCAAGGAUAUCCUUGAGAAUAAAUAGAGAGGUCUGUGUGGCUUUC